UCCAGUGCGAUAAUGAUUACACUGACGAUGAAUGGUUUACAUUAACUCAGCAUUGUAGUUUUCACGCUAUUUCGGCCGCUUUUCUUGUUUCUUAUCAUUCCUGGAUAACAUCAAGAUGAAUUCAAUUCAUUUUGUGCUUCAUCCAUUACCAGGAACCGAGGAACAACUCAAUGAAAGAUUGUGUGAAGUUGCUGAUCGCAUUAAUAAAGAUCCAGGAUGUCAAACAAGCAUUCCUGCUUUGAGAAGUCUUCAAGUCAAGUCCAUAGUUCUAGGCCCCAACCAUGCUGCUUUUCUCCUUGAGGAUGGUCGCAUAUGCCGCCUGGCAUUCUCCGUCAACCUAGAUAAAGUCGAAGGUGGGAAGAUUGACAUCGGGAAAAAUUCAAAGGUCAAAGCUGGAUCAUCUUCAUCAUCAGCACGGCCUAAACCAGGCCAUAAUCCCUGGCUAAUAGCAGGUCCAGAUAGUUCUACUAGUGCACAGAUAGGAAAACGACAAUCAAAUAGCAAGUCUUGCGGUCCACAAGUUAGCCAUGUAAGAAACCGUGCACGAGUGUGCCGUACUCAGUCCCGGGGUAGAGGUGGCGUGAUUGUUGGAGCGCGACCAAUGGUUCCUGCUUCUGUAGUUCCUGAAGAGCUGGUAGCUCAAGCACAGGUUGUACUACAAGGCAAGAAUAGAUCUGUGAUUAUAAGAGAGUUGCAGAGAACUAAUUUAGAUGUAAACUUAGCUGUAAAUAAUCUAUUAAGUCGAGAUGAUGAUGAUGGGGAAGAUCAAGAUGAAGGCGACUACAUGUCUGAUGACUUGAUGUCCCUCCUUGAUAAUGGUAUGCACAGUGAUCACCCUAGCGUUAUUAUAGAUGCAGAUGCUAUGUUUUCGGAGGACUUCCUUGGAUUUGGAUCCCGUGCUCGUGCUAGAGGUGAUCGUGACAACAGUGAUCGUGAAUCAGUGUUUAGGAUACGAGAGCGACGUUGGCCUGAUCCCAGUCUAGGACCCAGCUCUAGCAGUAAUGUAGCUAAGACUAAUGUUAGUGGAGACAUCCCAGGAAGCGAACAGAAGAGGGGGAACUCUACCAAUGCAAAUCCACUUGUACUAGGAGAUGUCCUAGAGUGGUGGCCUGAUAAGGGUGAGAAUGGCAGCCGCUUUAGUCAUAUUGCAGCAAUGUAUAGUGAAUUAGUGGCAGUUGGCCAAUCAGGACAGCUGUACCAGUGGAAGUGGUCUGACCCAGAACCUUACAGAAACACAGAGAACCCUGGCAUUUUCCAUCCAAGAGCUGCUGUACUUGGGUUAACAAAUGAAAAGAUCACACAGAUCUCCUGCUGUAAUGAAAAGGGGGUAGUUGUCACAGAAUCUGGAAAGAUUGCAACAUGGGUUGAUGACACAUUGUCAGUGAUUGCUUCCAGGUUGGAGCAUCCUCUUCAACAUUUCCCAGAAUUCUCAGGCGACAAGUUGCGUAGCAUACACACCUGUUCUCUGUUCACCUGUGCUUGGUUGGAAUCUGGAAGUGUCUACUGGUGGGGUGUUUUACCAUUCAAUAUGCGCAAGAAAGUGCUAGAGAAGGCAAGGGAACGAGCUAGGAUGAAGAAAACUAGGAACACAGUGAGCACAGCAAACAUCACAACAGGGACACAGGUCUGUUUGCGCAGCUGUCCACUAUUUCAUGCAGGUGCUUUAGCCUUUAAUACAUCUGGUGCAAAACCAAAAGUUGGUCAGCUUAUGGAUAAUGCCUGGAGCUUGACCGAUACAUGUCGAUUCCGCAUCCGGAAAACAAUAUCAGAGGUCCGGGAGGAACCUAAACCAGAGCACAAGGAAGAGGUUAAAGUGGAUUUUCUAAAGCUUGAUGGUAAAUCCAAUGACCAGAAGGCCGAGAUGAAAACUGAUAUGGGGCCACCACCAUCACCUGCAUCAUCCUGUGGGGAGAUCUCCAUUGUGUCAAGUCCAGCAGGCCAGAGACGAGGAACAAAGAGACCUUGUCCUUCCCCGACACCCAACAAGGAUAACGAGAAGAACGAGUGGGACGUGUGGCCUUUGAAGGACGUUGUGUUUGUUGAAGAUAUUCACACGGUUCCUAUCGGGAAGGUCCUGAAAGUGGAUGGCGCUUACGUUGCUGUUCGCUUUCCUACUUUGGAGUCAGUUGCAGAUAGUUCGGCAGAUUCAGAAGUCCCGGCAGUCCUUCAGGACUGCCGAUUGCUCCGGAAGGAUGAGCUCCAAGUUCUGAAGAAUGGCUUGGUUCCAAAGGUGCCAGAUUGCUUCCAACGAACUCCUAAAAAACUAUCUCUCUCCGAUGAUGCACAGAUUCUUAGUGUUUCAGUGGAUGUUAGAGGUGUUCAUGUGUUGGUUAAACUGCGGUCACGUCUUCUUUAUCAUGUUUAUGAUUUGAGCUCCAGUAAGCCUGCUACAGAGAGCAUAUUUCCCACAAGUACAACCUCAUUCCUAGGACAGAGUUUGGAUGAAAUUUCCCUCUUCACUGGCAGCACUAAUGUUCAAGAUGUUGUGUCCUUACUUCGUGAUGGUAACAGCACCAUCUAUCCUCUUGCCAAGAAUGCUAUUGGUGGAAUCCGUGACCCUGUGUGGACUGACCUGCCCCCUGUCAAAUGCAUUGGUAUGGGUAGUCACCAUGUUGCAGCCACACCUAGCAACAAUAUUAAGAAUCGAGCAGCAGUGGUAGUUCUUGCACUACAAAUCCAGACACUAAUGCCGCAUGUCCUACGCUGUGAUUAUGACUCAGUUUCCCAUGUACUUAGUAACAUAGAGUUGGAGACAGACCCUGCCCUUAAGGAUCAUCGAUUACGAGCAAUUCUAGAUGAAAGGUGUGAUGGAAAUCGUAACAUCUUUCAUGCGGCCAUUAGUAUGUGUUAUCCGACAAGCAACAGUGAUAAACCAAAGCAAGAAACUGGCGAGAGUGCUGUACUGAGUACUUUACGUUCAGCCGUUGAUUCUAUGAGUAAUCGCGUGCAGUUAAUCAGCAACGCUGUGGACACGUUGGCCAAUGCAAUUUCAGCCGCCACUGUAGGCUCUGGCAAUCAGCCACCCAACAGUAUGCAAAGGAGUAUGGGGUUGAGAGAGAUGAUGCGUAGGGCUACUAACUCUUCCAGGUCAGGAGGCAAUGUCAUUCCAGAGGACCUCCACAACGCACCUCCACCUGUGUCCAACCUGCAUCACCCACUUAACUGGGCGCAGGUUGAUCCACCGAUGUAUGCGGAGCAGGAGGAUGAUAACAUAAGCGUUGGAAGCUCUGGUGCAACUGCCGGUUCCAAUAGCUCCAUCAGUAGCAGUGCUCCAUCGGUGUCAAACACCCAUUCGUUGUCAGCUGAGGAUCGUAAGAACAACGCCCAUCGACUCCUCAGACUUCUGUGUGAAUCACAAGCCCUUGUGCCUCAUCUGGCUGAGCUGCUUUGCUCAAGGGAUGCACAAGGAGAUACACCAUUCAUGGCCGCUGUUACUUGCCAAGCCUACUCUGCUGCCCUCACACUAUUUGACACUGCUGAGCGUGUGGCUUCAAAUGCCAAAUUCCUUAGCAGCAAGCUGGAGAGUCAAAAGGAGAAGGAAGGAGGGGGAUUUGACAAAGAGUUAUUCCGCAGGAUGAUCUAUCCCCCUGGAAGCAAACCGGAUUCCUCACCCCUGUACGUCCUUUGCUGUAAUGACACUUGCAGCUUCACCUGGACAGGAAAAGAGCACAUCAAUCAGAUAAGAGGUGUAAGGAUGGUUGAACUAAGCGAUGAGGUAGGGAUGGGUGACAUAAACAAUGAGGCAGGGAUUAGUGUCUUAUUAGAUGAGGUGGAGAAUUCUGGCGGUAGUAACACUGUACAGAUGCCAAUGCCAGAGGAAGAGGUUUACCUGUAUCAACAGAAAGGUACUAUGAAGCUAGACUGGUUCACACACACCCUCAUAGUGAAGUGCCAAGACAAGGAGUUGGAUACAUUACUGAAUACUUUAAUCAAGGAGAUUCUCAACACUUCAGCACCAUCUAGGAAAACGGAAGUGUUCUAUGUAGUUCAACGAUUUGUGCGGUCCGUGUGUCGUGUAUAUGUUGUACUUAAUAUUGAAAUGGCUCCGGGCAAGAAGUAUAACUCGGAAGCUACAGAUAAGUGCAAGAAAGUAUUUGUUGCCCUGAUUCACUUCUGUAUCACUGAAUUGUGUGAAAUAGCCGACUCGCUGAUUUCACCUGUACGCAUUGGAGUCGCGAGGCCAACAGCGCCAUUCCCGCUGUUUAGCUCCCAUGAUGAAGCAAUGCAGACCAUCAAGUCGUACAGGAGAACGGCGCCCUCAAAUACCGCACCCGAUGCAAUGGGCUUACCGUGCCCCACAGCCUUGUAAUACCCCAUCUAAUGCUACCACUGCCUCUUUAAGCUCAAGGGGUUUGAUAUACAUCGACCCAGUCAUCAGGAGGAAUGCUGCAUUGAGUAUCUCAGCCUCUGGACCUACUGGUGACACCAACCCUCAGACAAUGUCCACAACCUCAAACUGCCUAGCUAGAGCGUUUGGUGUGGUCAUACGCCAAGUCUCCGAUCUCCUAGCAGUGUUGCCUAAUUACCAAGGAGUUGAAUCUUUGGAUGAAUGCCUCAAGGUCACCUAUCAGGACACAAUCGAUAUUCAGAUGUAUGUUGAUUAUCAUGUCAAAGUUACAGCUGAAUGGUUGACAGCAAUCAUGGACAGUACAGAAGCUCAGCUACGCUUUGGUAAAGCAGUCACAUCAAGCACUGAUCCAGCGCAUCCCACACAUCCACUCCACGCAUCCUAUGUCCGCGGUUUACGUGGAUCUGAUAGAGAAGCAGCCACACGUGAAGAAGAAUCCUUUUAUCGCAACAUAGAAAACCGACGUAGACAUAGGGGAGGACUGGAUGCUCCACGUAGUGUAAGGGCAGAGGCAUCUCAUAGUGUAAGAAUGGAUUUUUUGAAUUAUGCAUUGUCUUUGAUGCGUGCCCACAACAGCGAGCAUUCCGGAAGUCUUCCCGUUGUUGAUGUGUCAGCGUUAAAGCAUGCAGCAUAUGUAUUGGAUGCGCUUAUUUAUUACAUGCGUAGCAGCGAGCAUGACAUUGUGCCACAUCAAGUUCGUGUUCAUGAGACAUUAUGGCAUCAAAGCCAUCAGUAUGAGAAGGAAGAUGCAGUUGACGAUGAUGGCACCGAUACCAGCAUAGUUGCUGAUACCGAUAGUCUUGUUGAAGAAGACCGCCAUGUGCCAAGUACAUCCACAGGCCCAAAGCAUCCGUUCUUUGUACGUUCAGAUUCCACCACCUUCCUGGGCUGCCCUCCUCCUGAUUCAUUUCACACGCCACUUGUUGAUGCACUGCCAUUGGCUGAAAGACCACAUCUGCUUAAACCUGAAGCAACUCGCGAGGAUCUGUUUGGGCAACCUCAACCAUUUGUACCAGCAGCGGUCGGCAGCGCUAGUCAAGCAGACUCCGUCUCAGUGGACCAGCGGUAUUUAGAAGUACUGCCUACAAGGCUGAGCAUAAGUAGUCGGCAGGAGAUGUUUGUGCCAGUAGAUAUUGAUGAUCAGUCACAAAUAGACACUCAAGUUGGCACUGGAAUUGAAGCUAACCUUAAUAUCCCACCAGAAGCAAGACUUGGAAGGUCUCAAAGUGAUACAUCAGAUGUAAGGAAACAAGAAAUGGCUAGCAGCUCUAGUCAGUAUUCAGGUGCAAGUCUAGCUAGCGUUUCAACAAUGCCAGCCAAUCAGAGCCUUGGAAGCAGUAGUGACCCCUCUACCAGUUCCUUACCAACGAACCAAAGUCUUUCUAGUUUUACAUUAGAUGGCUCACAGUCUCUGACAUCCUCAAGUUCUCAGGAUGUCAAUCCAUUAAGCAUGUUCCUACCAGUUGGUCUAAAGGUUGAGCCUUCUCCGCCAAAGGGAGUUAUACGUGUUGCUGAUAACUACUCUAGUGGUGGUCCAUCCAGCGUGCAACCACAAGAGGUGUCUGUUAUCAGGACUGCUGGAUGGGUUGAGCAGCCUAGCCAGGCUACUGAUGGUGCUAUAAAUUUCAGUCCAAUGGGCCCAAGUGGUGCUUUGAAUCUUAGUAUGCAAGCUGCAGAUGAGCAGUUGCGACGCAGUCAACCGGGUCCAGUGCAAGUCCCCAGACUGCCAUUCCCUUCUGGCUACCAACUUAACCCUUCGUCUCGAGUUCCGCCUGGUGUUCCCACUAUGCCUCCACGUGCUCCCAUGUUGUCUUCUCAUCCAGGUUUGAAUGUAAAUCCACAGAGCAACGCUCCAGGACCUGUUCACCUUCCAAGGAGCAUAGUCACUGGUGAAGGUACUAGUUCCGCAGCUACUGGAGAGAAAACAGGAACUAGAGCUAGCCAGGCUACUGCAGGGACUUCAACAAGUAUGUUUGAGAACCUCUGGUCAUCUUUAAUGGCGAACCCUCUGCAGUCUGUCAACAAUGGAACUAGUUUAUUUGGAAGGAAUGCACAAGGAUUAUUUGGCCCACUGGUGUCAGGUGACAUGUUACUCGGUCGUUGGCGACUGACCCUUGAACUCUUCAGCCGUGUGUUUCUUGAGGAUGUAGGGCGUGAACCAGGCUCGGUUCUCAAUGAGCUUGGUGGAUUUGAAAUCAAAGAAGCUAAAUUUAGACGUGAAAUGGAAAAGAUACGCAACAAUCAAAACCGUGACUUAACCUUAGAGGUGGAGCGUAGAAGGGAUCCUUUAAUCCAGCAAACGUUACGACAGCUCAAUACAUUGUUCAACAGACGCACCACGACCAAUUCCAAUACCCCUAUGGCAGUACAUCGUGUCAAAGUGACGUUUAAUGAUGAACCUGGUGAAGGCAGUGGUGUAGCUCGCAGCUUCUACACAGCCAUCUCAGAAGCAUUUAUGGCGCAAGAAAAAUUGCCACCAAUUGAUGAUGUCAUGACAAAUCUAACUCAACGACCUCCUCAACUUAGUUUAAUUCAAAGACUGAGAAGUAGAGAACGGGAACGGGAAAGAAUACGACGUCAUGGUACCGGUGAAAGACAUAGUGGCCGCUUACUUUCCAGUCUUGACCGAGAACGUGAUCGCAACCAAUUAUCAUACGAUGCUAGGCCAUUCUAUCCACGGGACAGUAGCAACCCUGAAGAAAGGGAACAUGAACCACUUACAGCACCUAAACAAGCUCUUGGUGAAAGACUUUUCCCGAGAGUUCAGAUGUUGCAACCAUCACUUGCCAGUAAAAUAACUGGCAUGUUGCUGGAGCUGCAACCAUCUCGAUUACUACUUCUACUGGCAAGCGAGGACGCUUUACGAGAACGAGUUGAUGAAGCGGUUGAUGUUAUUCUCUCACAUGGAAGCAGAGAGGAUAAUGCUGGUGGCCUUCUAGACUUAGAAAUAUUCAACCUUGCUGACAGAAACUCAGAAAAAGUAAGCAAAAAAUCAGACAAAACGCAAGAUUUAGAAUUGGAGGAAUCUGAGGAGAACCUAGACAACCAUCCCUUGUUUUACCAGCCUGGCAAAACCGGAUUCUACUCACCACGUGCUGGAAAAAACUCACCAGCUAGAAUUAACUGCUUCAGAAAUGUUGGCAGGAUUAUAGGUCUAUGUCUACUACAGAAUGAGAUCUGUCCACUUAGUUUAAACAGACAUGUUAUUAAAUACAUUAUAGGAAGAAAGAUUGGUUGGCAUGAUCUUGCUUUCUUUGAUCCAAUCCUAUAUGAGAGCUUGCGGCAACUGAUGGUGGAUUCAGAGCGGGAGGACUCUGGUGUUAUAUUAUCCGCACUUGAUCUAAAUUACUGCAUUGAACUGAGCAAGGAUGAAGGAGGGGGACAAGUGGAACUAGUACCCGGAGGGACAUACCUCAGGGUGAACUCUAGUAACGUGUAUGAUUAUGUUAAACGUUAUGCAGAGUACAGAAUGAUUGUUGUUGCUGGGAAAGCCCUGCUGUCAAUCAAACAAGGUGUGUAUGAUGUGGUUCCAAGAAAUACAUUUGAUGGGCUAACGGCUGAGGACUUCCGACUCCUGUUGAAUGGCGUUGGUAAGGUGGACAUCCUCAGACUGAUCAGCUACACAACAUUCAAUGAUGAAACAGGUUCAAGCGAAGCCAAUGAUAAGUUGACACGUUUUAAGCAAUGGUUCUGGUCAAUAGUAGAGAAGAUGAACAAUGAACAGAGACAAGACUUGGUUUAUUUCUGGAUGUCUAGUCCUAACCUACCAGCUAGUGAGGAGGGAUUUCAACCGAUGCCAACCAUUACAAUCCGUCCACCUGAUGACAAUCACCUACCUACUGCGAACACCUGUAUAUCAAGGCUAUACAUCCCAUUGUACCUGUCUCUUAAAGCUUCCACUUAG